AUGACGCACACAGAUUGCGCGGGUGCAGCCGGUGCUUGCCAUACCGAUGUGGAUGCGCAGCGAGAUGGGAGUGAAGAUCAACAGGAUGCUGGUGUUGACGAAUCAAGUAUUGUUGUGCAGGAGAAUGUGUCCGUGGAAGGGCGACCCGGUGGGGGUUGUUUUCUUCAGGAUGUCACGACCAAAGUUGCGGGUGCAGCAUCCUCUUGGACAUCAAAGCACCAUAUCUCGGACACGGUUCGGUACGUAGAGCCUACUGACCCAUCGGCCGCCGUCCACAUUUCGAGCAGGAAUACUAAUGUGGUCCACACACAUCUAGAAUUAUAG